CGAAACAACCGGCUGCUCAGUUUUUCGAUUGACGGAGAUACAGUUGUGUGUGCAACGAUGGAGGAGCCAAAAAAUAAAGAGAAAAACCAGCCUGAAAAGACGGAGGAAAAGGAUAAACAGCCACCAGGGAAAGACAAAGAGAAGAAAGAGGAGCAAGAGUUGUCGGAGGAGGACAAGCAGUUGCAAGAAGAGUUGGAGUUGCUUGUUGAUAGGCUGAGUGAGAAGGAUUCCUCUCUCUACCAUAAUGCUCUGGAGGAGUUACGUCGGCAGAUUCGCUCCUCCACAACAUCCAUGACCUCUGUGCCAAAGCCUUUGAAGUUCUUGCGACCACACUAUGGCAAGCUGAAAGAGAUUUAUGAAGGCAUGGUUCCUGGGGAGAACAAGCGAUUUUGUGCUGACGUGGUGUCUGUCCUCGCCAUGACGAUGAGUGGUGAACGGGAAUGUCUUAAGUACCGCCUACUGGGCUCUCAGGAGGAGCUAGCAUCCUGGGGCCAUGAAUAUGUCAGGCAUCUGGCGGGCGAGGUCGCCAAAGAGUGGCAGGAGAUUGAGGAGGGUGACAAGGUGCAGCAAGAGACCCUGCUGAAGCUUGUCAAGGAGAUCGUACCCUACAACAUGGCCCACAAUGCUGAGCACGAGGCCUGCGACCUGCUCAUGGAGAUUGAACGCCUCGACAUGCUUGAGAUGUACAUUGAUGAAAACGCCUACGCAAAAGUCUGUCUCUACCUCACCAGCUGUGUCAGUUAUGUUCCUGAGCCAGAGAACUCUGCUCUCCUGAAGUGUGCGCUGAAUAUCUUCCGCAAGUUCAGCCGUUAUCCAGAAGCCCUCAGGUUGGCGUUGAUGCUCAACGAUGUGGAGCUGGUGGAGAACAUCUUCACCUCCUGCAAAGACAUCGUUGUUCAGAAAGAGAUGGCCUUCAUGCUGGGGAGACAUGGCAUGUUUCUGGAGUUGAAUGAAGAUGUAGAAGAUUAUGAGGACCUGACAGAGAUCAUGUCCAAUGUACAGCUCAACAGCAACUUCCUCGCCCUCGCCCGUGAGUUGGACAUAAUGGAACCCAAAGUUCCAGAUGACAUUUACAAAACUCAUCUGGAGAACAACAGAUUUGGUGGCAGUGGGUCUCAGGUAGACUCUGCUCGUAUGAACCUGGCCUCAUCAUUUGUUAAUGGAUUUGUUAAUGCAGCAUUUGGUCAGGACAAACUUCUCACGGAAGACGGCAAUAAAUGGCUCUAUAAAAACAAGGACCAUGGAAUGCUGAGUGCUGCAGCGUCUCUGGGCAUGAUCCUGCUAUGGGAUGUGGAUGGAGGUCUCACUCAGAUAGAUAAAUAUCUCUACUCAUCCGAAGACUACAUCAAGUCUGGGGCCCUGUUGGCAUGUGGUAUAGUAAACUCUGGCGUGCGUAAUGAGUGUGAUCCUGCUCUGGCCCUUCUUUCGGACUAUGUCCUCCACAACAGCAACGUCAUGAGGAUAGGCGCCAUCUUUGGGUUGGGUCUGGCUUAUGCAGGCUCGAACAGGGAAGAUGUCCUAUCUUUGCUGCUGCCCGUAAUGGGAGACUCCAAAUCCAGUAUGGAGGUGGCAGGUGUGACAGCAUUGGCUUGCGGGAUGAUCGCCGUGGGCUCCUGUAACGGUGACGUCACCUCCACCAUCCUGCAGACCAUCAUGGAAAAGAGCGAGCAGGAGCUGAAGGACACGUACGCACGCUGGCUUCCCCUCGGCCUUGGCCUCAACCACCUUGGCAAAGGCGAGGCAAUAGAGACCACUUUGGCAGCUCUGCAGGUUGUUCCAGAACCCUUCCGUAGCUUUGCAAACACACUUGUGGACAUCUGUGCUUAUGCAGGUUCAGGGAAUGUUCUGAAGGUGCAGCAGUUGUUACAUAUCUGUAGCGAACACUAUGACACAAAAGAUAAAGAGGACGACAAGGACAAGAAGGAUAAAAAGGACAAAGAGAAGAAGGAAACUGCAGCAGACAUGGGCUCCCACCAGGGAGUGGCAGUGCUCGGUAUUGCACUCAUCGCUAUGGGAGAAGAGAUCGGAUCAGAGAUGGCACUACGCACAUUUGGCCACCUGUUGCGCUAUGGUGAACCCACCCUGCGGAGGGCAGUGCCAUUAGCUUUAGCUCUCAUCUCCGUGUCCAACCCGAGGCUCAACAUUCUAGACACGCUCAGUAAGUUCUCCCAUGAUGCCGACCCUGAGGUCUCCCACAACUCAAUCUUCGCCAUGGGCAUGGUGGGCAGUGGCACUAAUAAUGCACGUCUGGCAGCCAUGCUGCGACAGCUGGCCCAGUAUCACGCUAAGGACCCCAACAAUCUGUUUAUGGUCCGACUCGCACAGGGUCUGACUCACCUGGGAAAAGGAACCCUGACUUUGUGUCCAUACCACAGUGACAGGCAGCUGAUGAGUCAGGUGGCAGUAGCUGGGCUCCUCACAGUCCUUGUGUCCUUCCUUGACGUCAAAAACAUCAUCUUGGGAAAGUCUCACUAUGUGCUCUAUGGCUUGGUAGCAGCAAUGCAGCCUCGCAUGCUCGUCACCUUCGAUGAAGAACUCAGGCCUUUACCCGUAUCUGUCCGUGUUGGGCAGGCUGUGGAUGUGGUAGGGCAGGCAGGCAAGCCCAAAGCGAUCACUGGCUUUCAGACACACACCACACCAGUGCUGCUGGCACAUGGGGAGAGGGCGGAGUUAGCCACUGAGGAGUAUAUCCCGGUCACACCCAUCUUGGAAGGCUUCGUCAUCCUGCGCAAAAACCCCAACUACGAUGCCUAGACACACACAUGCACAAAACGCACAGUUUGUCUUUUUGGGACCUCUAUUACUUUUAUCAGAUAUUUAGAGAGACCUGUUGCCCCCCCCCCCCCCCACCCUUUUUGUUUUGUACGUAGAGCAUGACGUUUGCUUAAAUCUAGCUGAUUAUAUUUCAUUUUGUUGGUUUUGUUAUAUUGUUCUGUAAAAUGUUGAGAUAUAAAAAAUAAAUGACAAAGAAAUGUGGUAAGGUGGUU